GCAUCCCGGACUGUUUGGCCCCAAGGCAGGGAUCGUUGCAGCGGGAGUUUGAGCGUCGACUCGUUGGCUGUCAGCACGCUUCCCCGCGAUUUGGCAAGAUGCCACACCGCGUCGUGGACUUCUUCCGGUCGUCGACGCAAUCACUCGAGAACCAAGUCUCAAACUUCAGCAAAAAAUCGAACGCCGGAGCACCACGAAGACGACACUCGCCGAACGGGAUUGCAAGCGGGCCGAGGAAUCCCGAGCGGGCAUCCUCUGUGUUGAUCAGCGAGAACGAUUUCGACCACGCCACUGCCCCACCAUAUGAAUUGCACACCAAAAUGGGCGAUUCGCAAGCAAGCAGCGUGUCCUCGGACUCGCGCAAGGAUGCGGGGCAUCAUCAGCAUCACCACAGGAUCUCGUUCCCUAGCUUGCAUCUCGGUCGUCUGGGCAAAGAAGCCCACACGUCUUCGCCCGCGACGCUGGACUGGAUGCUCGAGUCGCCGCCCAUUGUUAUGUACGGCGACCCGGAAACCAGCAGUGGCGCGCUGGUCUCGGGGCAGCUAUUCCUGAACAUCAAUGAAGAUGGGUUGGAGAUUGAGUCACUGAACGCCACGCUCAGCGUCCACGUCACGCAGAAGAAGCCGUUUGCGAACCACUGUGCUGAGUGCACGAACCAGCACACUGAAUUGAAGAGGUGGGAGCUGCUCCCACAGCCGCUGUCCAUGGUUCAAGGCGGGCACUCGUUCCCAUUCUCAGUUCUGCUGGGCGGUCACCUCCCGUCGAGCGUGGACACCCCUUUGGUAUCGAUAUCUUACGAAUUCAAGGCCGAGGCUGUUCCUAGGAGCAAAGGAAGCGCGCUGGCACCCAUAAAGCUCGAAAAGGUGCUCAGUGUCAAGCGCAGCCUUCCGGCACCCGAGAUUCCGCACCACUCUGUCCGCGUCUUCCCUCCCACGAACAUCAAGGCCAGCGCGCACUAUCCACAGGUGAUUCACCCAAUCGGAAGCUAUACGCUGGCGCUUCGUCUCGACGGUAUUGCCAAGUUCAACCCGAGGGUCAACACGGUCGAAUACUGGAGACUGAAGAAGCUCACGUGGAAGCUUGAGGAGACGACGAAGACCAUUGCGCCCGCCUGUGGACGGCACAGCCCUAAGCUCAGCGAUGACGCGGAGGAGCAGCAAAGCAAGAAGGGCGUCGUCCGCUCGGACACUCGGAUCAUUGGGGAGAAGACGCUUUUCUCGGGUUGGAAGAGCAACUACACGAGUCCCACGGACAGCCUGGUCGAGCUCGAACUGGACUACAGUCUGGCAAAAGGUGUCAAGUAUGCGUGCGACACCAAGAGCCGCGACGGGACCGAGGUGACCCACCAGCUGAUGGUCGAGAUGGUGGUCUCGCAGGAGUGGGCCCCUGUCAACAAGCCGUCGCUUGUGACGCAUACGGGCAUUGGGCGUAUCUUGCGGAUGCACUUCGGCACCAUCCUCACGGAGCGGGCCGGGAUCGGGAUCAGCUGGGAUAACGAGGCGCCUCCUAUCUACCAGGAUGUGCCCCCCAGCCCGCCAGCCUACUCCCAGGAAACGAGCUUCUCGGCGGACAACUCCAUUGCGGAGGUGAUUGAACCCCUUGACGGCGGCGUCCGCGGAAGCGCCCAAUCGGGCGGCUCCACAGACCUCCCUUAGAUCCCGGCGAACACGCCGUGUCAGGCUCGGGGGGAGGUGAGAGUCAGCGUCUGUUUUGGAUGUUCUCGGUUGUUUGGGAACGGGCACGCCAGUGCUCGCAUGGGUCAAUGGGCCACGGCUCUCUCUGGAGCGGGUUUUGUUUGGAAGAAAAAAAAAGGGGGGCCCGGCGCAGGGGCGGCACUGCCGCAGGUCUUGGUUCGCAUGUGGUUGGCGGGCGUUUGGCUUCCAUGAUACCCUGGACGUGAACCCAUUUACGUCCUCCUAACUUUCCGGUUUUAUGUUUUGGUUUCUGUCCAAGGCUCCCCAGGAAAAAGGGGGAGUUCUUAGGUAAUUUUGGGCGCAGUCAAGGCCUGGGUGGAAGGGAAAAAAAAGCGAAUUGAUCGUUCUGCCUUGAAUCAUUGGUAGCAUUGACCCUCAUUGCUGAUCAUACAGAUUUCGGUAAACCCCACUAACUACCUUAAAUAAUUCCGAGCAGACACGUACACAUCAUUGCACCAUUUCUUUCUCCAUCUCAGGACUCGGAAC